AUGGUUUCGAUGAGUUCAAAACAUAAAAUUGUUACGACUACGAAGAAACAGUCAAAAUCCGUAGUUAAGAAACCACAUCCUUUCAAAAGAUCCACUGUGCAUCCUACUGCUCGUAAAAUCAUAAGAUUCGAAGAAACUGAGACCAACAAUGCAGAAGAUGAUGAGUAUGACGGUCCCACAAACCAUAUUCAAAACAAUAAACAACAACUAAAACUAAAAGUUCAAUCACUCCUCAAAACAAGAAAGACAUUACCUGUGUAUCAAAACAAAGAUGAAAUAAUGAACCAUUUAAGAUCGAACCCAGUCACCGUCCUCAUUGGUGAAACAGGGUCAGGUAAAUCUACUCAAAUCCCACAAUUCCUCUUAGAUGACCUCUAUAAAGACAAGAAGCAUGGGUCCAUAGCGGUGACGCAACCUCGUCGUGUUGCGGCAAUUAAUUUAGCUACUCGUGUGGCUCAGGAAUUCGGUUGUAACCUUGGUUCCACUGUCGGGUACUCUGUUAGAUUUGAUAAUUGUACGAAUUCUAAGACAAGAUUGAAAUAUUUGACUGAUGGUAUGUUAUUAAGAGAAUUGAUGAUGGAUAGGAAUUUGAAGGAGUAUAGCGUCGUUAUUAUUGAUGAAGCUCAUGAAAGAACCGUAUUGACUGAUUUAAUCUUAGGGUUCUUGAAAUCGUUAAUUCAAGGACCAAGACCUGAUUUGAAAAUUAUCGUCAUGUCUGCUACUAUACAAGCGGAAAAAUUUAGUCAAUUCUUUAAUAAUGCUCCUAUAUUGUUCGUGGAAGGAAGAAAGUUUCGUGUGACUCAAUAUUAUUUGAAAGCUCCUUCAGAUGAUAUCGUCGAUAGUAUUAUUAGAUGUUGUGUGCAAAUCAAUCAAAGCGAACAAAUGGGUGAUAUAUUAUGUUUCUUACCAGGUCAAGAGGAAAUCGAUAAAGCAGUGACUAUCUUAAAUAAAGUCAGUGAAGUGAUAGCGAAAGAAACUAAAGUCCCUUUGAUGAUAGGGCAUCCAUUGUAUGCAGCUUUGUCACCUGCGCAACAAUCUUUGGUUUUCAGUCCUGUGAAAGGUUUUAAAAGAAAAGUUGUAUUCAGUACCAAUAUCGCAGAAACUUCUGUUACCAUAUCUGGUGUCAAAUUUGUUGUAGAUUCUGGUCUACGGAAAGUUAAAGUUUGGAGACAUCAAUUGGGGUUGGCAACACUUUUAACAGUCCCUAUUUCUCAAGCAAGUGCCAUGCAAAGAAGUGGUCGUGCUGGUAGAGAAAGUGAAGGUAAAUGCUAUAGAUUAUAUUGUGAAUCAGACUAUAAAAAAUUGCCUUUUGAAACAGAACCGGAAAUUGCAAGAAGUGAUGUCACUUCUCCCGUAUUAAUGUUGAAGAGAUAUGGAAUUAAAGAUAUUGUUAAUUGGACAUGGUUUGAAAAUCCAGGUAGAGAUUCAUUAAUUAUGGGAUUACAAGAAUUAUAUACUUUAGCUGCAUUAGAUGAUUCUGGGAAGAUUACAGAACGUGGUAAAAAUAUGGCAUUAUUACCGAUUCAACCUCAUCUAAGUAGUGUUUUAAUUAAAGCAAGCGAAUCAGGUUGUCUUUCAGAAGUUAUCGAUAUUGUUUCCUGUUUGAGCGUCGAGAAUUUAUUAUUAAAUCCUCAACCAGAAGAGAGAGAUGAAGUUAAUGAACGUCGUUUAACCAUUUGUAACGGAGGUAAAAGAUAUGGUGAUUUAAUAAUGUUGAAAGAAUUAUUCAAUGUUUAUUUUUACGAGUUAGAUAAGAGUUCCUCUUCCGCAGAUGAAAGACGUGAUUGGUGUAAAGAAUUAUGCAUUUCUUAUCGUGGAUUUAAAAACGUGAUAAAAGUAAGAGAACAAUUAAGGAUGUAUUGUAAACGUCUAUUUGGAAAAAACGAUCAAGAUCUAUUUAUUGCAGAAGAAGGAAUACCGAAAAUUGGAGAAAAUAAAGAUGAAAUUUCUAAAAUACUGAAAUGUUUUCUAACUGGAUUCACCAAGAAUUGUGCUAUUGGGAUGCCAGAUAGAUCCUACAGAACGGUGUCAACGGGGGAAACGAUCAGUGUCCAUCCAUCCUCGAUGUUAUUUUCCAACAAAUCUUGCCCUGGGAUUAUGUACACAGAAUAUGUUUUCACAACGAAAGGAUAUGCAAGAAAUGUAAGUAGAAUCGAAUUAUCAUGGUUACAGGAAGUUGUCAAUAAUGGAACAGCAGUAGCUAAACAAAAGGUUAGCGAAUAA